CAGAACCAUAACUAAGAGUUUGGCAGUAUGCAACGAAACCGAACUGCCUUUCGUCAGGAAGGACCCCCCGGCUAUCAUCCAAAUGGAGCUCUUUAACAAAUCUAACAAAGUACUGAUCAGGGGUAGCAUGAGGUGUGUCAGAGACAUCAAAAACGCUCAGGUCAAAGCCGAAGCAUAUCUCUGGAGUAGAGGCAAGUGGAUGCCCCACAUUACCUUCCCAGGACUUUCGUGUGACAACGCGUUAAUAAGGACUAUUAUAACAGCAGCUACUAACGUCCGCGUGUCCGCUGAUGACUGCACUUUGAUGAAGGGUUACUACAAUACUUCUGGCAUGGAAGUCAACUGGAUCGAGCAUAUGUGGGCACAGGAGAGGGUCUACGGAAAUGUGCUUUGGAAAGUCGUCCUGUACACUCCUAAGAACACCCUCGCUUGCUACAUGGUGGAGGCAGAAGUGAAACCACUGAAGCAUUAGUUACUUUACGUUAAAGUAUUAUGUGGCAGACACAUAAUAUAAUUGCUGUACGGCUCUGGAACGGC